AUGGAACAGCGGCAAACUGAAGAUACCUCUGUGACACUCGCCUCCGCCCGCUAUGAUCUAUCUGUCCCAGACUAUCGCAGCUUCAAGGCGGCUUACAUCUACACGAAUGACUGCACUCUGAAAAUCCCACAGAUUCAAGCAAACGACUUCCAUCUUCACUCAUCUGAGCUCCUCGUUCUCGCGGAUAAUGCCACGAUAGAUGCAUCAGGAACUCCUGGAAAAGAUAACGUAUCCCCAGAUCCUUCAGACGAUAACGAGGAAAAUGGUGGAGAUGGCCACGAUGUUUUCAUAACGUCUGCAGAUUUUGACGUGAAUAAAACCCUUACCAUCAUCGCGCGAGGUGGUAAUGGAGGGAAGGGUUACCCGGGCAAUCCUGACGCAUCCUCAACAGAAGACCAAAAUGGUGGAGAUGGUGGUAACGGAGGUGCUGGUGGUUCUAUCUACCUCCUAUCACUCGACACCUUCUCUGUUGCAUAUAAGGCUUCCGGCGAUUUCUACUUAGAGGCUAACCACGCAGAGUGGAUGAGGAAGGUAUCCCUUUGGCUUCAGUCCUAUCAAUCGACAAUUCAAAAACCUCAGUAUCUCGUAGACCUCAUCGCCAAAUAUGCCGACACUUACGAAACUAUGGCUUUCGGAGAAGCUCAAGGAGCCCUCUCUAACGUCUUGGAUGAUUUGAAUGGUGAGAGCGAAACGUUUUUGAUAGAGAAUCAUGUCGAUGUCAGUGGAGGUGAUUAUGGCACUGGUGGACAGCGUGGUCCUGUACCAGGACAAAAUGGGCAGUCUGGUACUGGAGGCACUGCGACAAGGGAAAGGAUGACAAAACAACGCAUUCGUGACUCCAGCGAGAUGCAUUUUCACCCUGAUCAGAUCGCUAUGACCAUCAGAGACAUAGAGGACGGUUACUUCAUCGGGAGCAAGGCUUCUUUGGACAGGUCUCUGGCAUCCAUACGCACUUUGGUUGAUCGGCUAGAUUUCCUUCCCGAUCUUGUUCCGUCGGACCCGCUCUUUCAAGCGUAUAACAACGAGGAUAAGAUAUUCAUCAUCCCAUCUAAAACCGACAUACCUACUUCCAUCACUUCCAUCCAGCAAAGCCUAUCGAAAGCACUAGGUUAUGCUUCUCAGCUUGGCCAAGGUCUUGAUUUUUACGGGCACACGGCGACUUGGGUUCCCCAAGGAUCAUACGAGCAAUACGGAGCCCAGCUUGAUCAUGUUUUGGAUAACUUUGCAGCCAUCGAGACUAAUUACGAGACAUUUAAAGACGAAGCAGCGACUGAAGCCCAAAAGCUGGACGUGAUCAAGCAUAGUGAGGAAACGGCUAAAAGCGUCAUUCAGCGCGCAAAGAAUGAUCAGGGUCAGCUACAAUCAGAGCUUAACACAACCGCUUCACUCAUCCACGUGCUCUCUUCCGAUCUCCCAAACAAACGAACAGCACUCGUCAAGGAAAUCGACAAACUCGCAGAUGAGAUCAAAAAUGCAUUCCAAGUGUCGUUUGCUGAUUUCAUCAACGGAGUCACGCAAAUGGUGGGUACAAACAGCUUGCAAGGGAUACUUAAGGACGUCUGCGAUGGUGCCGGAUUCAUCAACGGUCGUAUGGAUACAGUCACGGACGAUUUAGGGGUGAAAGUCAACAAGGAUUAUAUUGUCAAUAAGAUCACGGUUAUUGGUGGUGAAAUCCAGGAUCUUCAAGAGGGUCUGUCGAUGGGUCAUGGUGGCGAAAUGGCUGUCGAUGAUCCUGGAGCGGCGAAGUUAAUAUUGGAAGAGAAUAACCUGAUGGAUUUGAUCGGGAAAUACAGGAACAUCUUGGGUGACAAUGAGCUGAAAACUGUCAAGUCAAUGUUUGACGACUACGUGAAUGCGGUGUCUGCGCGUAACGAUGUUGUAAUGCAUUACAAUUCGUGUCUCCAGCUGUGGUUGCAGGCGGACGACACUAUCACCUCCCAGCAACAACAGCUGGACGACCUUGGCCGUAUAGAUCUUACCAUCGAUACCAACUUUUUCAGCAUAUCCGCCUUUGUCGAACAGGCCUAUUUCUACACCACAGCACAGGUCCUUAGGAUACUAUACCUCACAGAGCGUGCAUUGAAAUUCUGGUCACUUGGACCUGACGUCUCUGAUAUUUCCGUUCUCCGCGAGGGAGGAUUCAGGCAAUCUGGACUCUCAGCCGCUCUUAUGUCCGCCAAAAUCAAUAUACUAGAUGCCUUCAACACGGCCAUCGAAGGAUUCACGAGCCACAGUCAAAUAUUUGGCAAGACGCCUGGGCAGGAAGGCGGGAGCCCUAUCAAAGUCUUCCUCACCGAUGCUCAGCUGCAGGAUCUGCGAGGAGCUGGAAAUACCGUCAUUCUGGCCAUUCCCGAAGCAUACUCUCAUACAUCUAUAGUGGACAACCCGUUCUCGAGUUGUGCCGACGUUCGUCUGACCUACGCACGCUUUUACAUCGACGGGGCGCAGACGGCAGAUGGCAACCUGACGGUGUCACUCCAGCACUCGGGCAGCGAGAGGAUUAUCGGCACGGACGAUCGCGUGCACAAUUUCACGCACAAUGCGCUGAACGUCACGUUCAAAUACGAGCUUGCUACCCGCGAUGUGCUCAUGGAUGGCAAUCUCGUCAGCGCUGUGGAUAACGUCUAUGCACUGAUUGGUCCUUUCACUUCGUGGCGCGUUAAAAUCUCUGAUGUGUACAAUGACUUGCCUGACUUGUCGAAUGUGACGUCCGCCUGGUUUGAGUUCUCGGGCUAUAGCAGGUCAUUUGAUGCUACUCGAGCAUUCUAG